GAAAUAUCUGCGCGCGCGCACACACACGUUGGUAUAGGAAGGAGUGACUCCCCACAGAGAACAACAAGCCCACAGCGAGCGGCUUCCUUAUCCGGUUGCGGCCUCUUCGUCCAUGGGAAGCGAGUGCAAGGGCCACCAGCCGCAGGACGACGGCGGCGUGGCGCCGUUCGUGGCCAAGACGUUCCACAUGGUGAGCGACCCGGCCACGGACGCCGUCGUGUGCUGGGGCGGCGCCAGCAACACGUUCCUCGUCCUCGACCCCGCCGCCUUCUCCGACUUCCUCCUCCCCUCCUACUUCAAGCACCGCAACUUCGCCAGCUUCGUCCGCCAGCUCAACACCUACGGUUUUCGCAAGGUUGACCCGGACGUGUGGGAGUUCGCGCACGAGUCGUUCCUGCGCGGCCAGGCGAAGCUGCUGCCGCUGAUCGUGCGCAAGAAGAAGAGAGCCGGCGCCGGCGCGGCGGGGAGGGAGCUGUGCGAGGAGGAAGAGGAGGUGCGGGGAACGAUCCAGGCGGUGCAGAGGCUGCGGGACGAGCGGAGGGGCAUGGAGGAGGAGCUGCAGGCCAUGGACCGCAGGCUCCGCGCGGCGGAGAACCGGCCGGGCCAGAUGAUGGCCUUCCUCGGCAAGCUCGCGGACGACCCGGGCGUGGUGCUACGCGCCAUGGUCGCCAAGAAGGAGGAGCUGGCUGCGGCCGGCGCCGGUGGCAAGUAUUCAAGCCCGGAUAAGAGGAGGCGGAUCGGGGCCGACGCCGGACGCGGAGCUGACGCUGCGGAUCAGGCGGCCCAGAGCAGGGCCGUGCCGUUCCCCUUAUCUAAUCUGGGACAGGUGUUCUACUGAUAGACCUUGGGAGCCGAGAGUUGAUAGAUAGGUGUACACGUGUGAUGUUUUGGUGUUUAUGUAUGUUUAUAUGUAUGUACAGUGUACUUCCCCUCGGCAUAGUUGCUAUCUGACCGUCUAAUUGCCGCCAUAGUAGUCACUCCACCCACGAGUUUUAGCAUUUAGAAAUGUAUUUUUUAAAGUGGGUUCAUAUAUACCGAGUUCGCCGAUGCAUUUUUCCUUCA